AUGCCACGAUCGUGGCGGAGAUUUGGAAGGCUUCGAAGCCAAGUCGAGAAAAGUCAUGCCACGAUCGUGGCGGAGAUUUGGGAAGGCCUCGAAAGCCAAGUCGAAAAUUCAUGCCACGAUCGUGGCGGAGAUUUGGAAGGCUUCGGAAGCCAAGUCGAAAUUCAUGCCACGAUCGUGGCGGAGAUUUGGAAGGCUUGGAAGGCCAAGUCGAAAAUUCAUGCCACGAUCGUGGCGGGAGAUUUGGAAGGCUUGGAAAGCCAAGUCGAAAAUUCAUGCCACGAUCGUGGCGGAGAUUUGGAAGGCUUCGAAAGCCAAGUCGAAAAUUCAUGCCACGAUCGUGGCGGAGAUUUGGAAGGCUUCGGAAGCCAAGUCGAAAAUUCAUGCCACGAUCGUGGCGGAGAUUUGGAAGGCUUCGAAAGCCAAGUCGAAAAUUCAUGCCACGAUCGUGGCGGAGGAAGGCUUCGGAAGCCAAGUCGAAAAUUCAUGCCACGAUCGUGGCGGAGAUUUGGAAGGCUUCGGAAAGCCAAGUCGAAAAUUCAUGCCACGAUCGUGGCGGAGAUUUGGAAGGCUUCGAAAGCCAAGUCGAAAAUUCAUGCCACGAUCGUGGCGGAGAUUUGGAAGGCUUGGAAAGCCAAGUCGAAAAUUCAUGCCACGAUCGUGGCGGAGAUUUGGAAGGCUUCGAAAGCCAAGUCGAAAAUUCAUGCCACGAUCGUGGCGGAGAUUUGGAAGGCUUCGAAAGCCAAGUCGAAAAUUCAUGCCACGAUCGUGGCGGAGAUUUGGAAGGCUUCGAAGCCAAGUCGAAAAUUCAUGCCACGAUCGUGGCGGAGAUUUGGAAGGCUUCGGAAAGCCAAGUCGAAAAUUCAUGCCACGAUCGUGGCGGAGAUUUGGAAGGCUUGGAAAGCCAAGUCGAAAAUUCAUGCCACGAUCGUGGCGGAGAUUUGGAAGGCUUCAGCCAAGUCUAUAAGCCAAGUCGAAAAUUCAUGCCACGAUCGUGGCGGAGAUUUGGAAGGCUUCGAAAGCCAAGUCGAAAAUUCAUGCCACGAUCGUGGCGGGGAUUUGGAAGGCUUCGAAAGCCAAGUCGAAAAUUCAUGCCACGAUCGUGGCGGAGAUUUGGAAGGCUUCGGAAAGCCAAGUCGAAAAUUCAUGCCACGAUCGUGGCGGAGAUUUGGAAGGCUUCGGAAAGCCAAGUCGAAAAUUCAUUGCCACGAUCGUGGCGGAGAUUUGGAAGGCUUCGAAAGCCAAGUCGAAAUUCAUGCCACGAUCGUGGCGGAGAUU